AUGAACGACAAACGCGGUGGAAUGGCUCCCGUAGACGUGACGCUCAGCGAGAAGCACUCUGACCGUUUUCAGCUGGUCAAUUAUUCGAAACUCGAGUCUGCCAUACCGGUGUACAAGUAUAAAUGUCUGCGUACUGGUAUCACCGUCGUGUUUGGUGACAUAGAAGGCCCGCUGGUCCAAGGAUACUUCGCUCUGGCUACUGAAGCUCAUGAUGGCGAUGGAAUUCCACAUACAUUAGAACACUUAAUAUUUCUAGGAUCUGAAGAUUAUCCUUUUAAAGGUGUUCUUGAUUUAUUAGCUAAUCGUUGCCUUGCAUCUGGCACAAAUGCUUGGACAGAUGUUGAUCAUACUUGCUAUACAAUUAGCACAGCUGGUAGUGAAGGUUUCCUAUCACUUCUUCCAGUCUACCUUGACCAUAUAUUAUAUCCUACAAUUAAAGAUUGUGGGUUUAUUACCGAAGUCCACCAUAUAACUUAUGAAGCAGAGGAUGCUGGUGUUGUGUACUGUGAAAUGCAAGGCAGGGAAAAUACUGGAGAAAGUAUUGUAUCAAGAAAUAUGUUGGAAAACUUGUACCCAGGUAAAUGUGGUUAUAAAUCUGAAACUGGAGGUAUUAUGAAAAACUUGAGAGAUUCAACUACAAAUAAAAAGAUUCGUCAAUAUCAUCAUGCAUUUUAUCGUCCUGAAAAUUUAUUACUUCUUAUAAGUGGAAAGAUAGAUCAUUCUUCUGUGUUUGAUGUUUUAGAGCCAUUCAUUCAAAAGAUUUUAUCAAAGGGAAAUCGAGGAGAUUAUGUCAGACCUUGGCAAAAUCCAGUAGAUCCAUUAACUAUAUCAUCAAAUAAUUCCGUUCUUUUUCCUUCUGAUGAAGAAACCAAUGGGAUAAUAUGUGUUGGCUUUAGAGGCCCAAAUUGUUUAAAAGAUUAUACUGCAUGUCAAUUAUUGUUGAAAUACUUGACGGAUACUCCAAUCAGUCCUUUACCUAAAGAAAUGGUUGAAAUUGCAGAUCCUUUCUGUACUGAAGUGUCAUUUGAUAUGACUUCUCAUAAUGAACCAUCUAUAACAAUUAAUUUUGAAAAUGUUCCCAUUGAAAAAAUGGAUGCUGAUAUUAUACCAUCAAAAUUGGAUGAAAUAUUUAAUAAACUUUUGGUCGAUGAUAGUUAUCUCGACUUGGCAAGAUUAAGAACAUUUGUAGAGAGAAACAAACUUCAUAUAUUGAGCUACUUAGAUAAUUAUCCACAUGAAAAAUUAUCUUCAAUAAUUAUAGAAGAUUUUUUGUAUGGAAAAACUUCCGUUGAUUUGGAACAGAAAUUGAAUAAAAUGAACAUACUAAAACAACUAGAAAAUGAAGAAAUAACAUUUUGGAAAGGAAUAUUGAAAAAGUAUUUGAUCAAUGACAAUAGAGUAAUUGUGAGGGGCAUACCUUCUAUAAAAAAGCAAGAAGAGCUUGCUAACGAAGAAAAAGAAAGAGUACAAGAACGACAAAAAACAUUAGGGGAAGAUGGUUUGAAAAAAAAGGCAGUCGAAUUAUUAAAUGCCAAAGUUGAAUGUGAGACAAAACCACCCAAAGAACUUUUAACAUCACUUAAUAUUCCUAAUAUUGAAUGCAUAAAUUUCUAUUCAUUUAAUACAUUCACAACAAAUUCUAUUGAUCAACACAAUUUAUUUAAAAUAACUAAUGCACCCAUAUACAUGGAAGUAGACAAUAUCAAAAGUAACUUUGUCUAUAUGUACACUUUUAUUGAUACUAAAGAUUUACCUAUGAACCUUAAAAUGUAUUUACCAAUUAUGGUUGAUUUGUUAAUGAAAAGUACAGUCAAUUGCGAUGGUAUUAAAAUUCAUUAUACUGAUAUUAUUGCUGAAUUAGAAAAAGAUUUAAUGUCGUGGAAUGCAGAAAUAGGAACAUCAUCAUCAUCCCAGUUUUUAUGUGGAACUUUUUCUUCUGUUAUUUCAUUAUUCUUUCAAUUGGAACCGAAGAAAUUUCAUAAAGGCAUCAAGUGGCUGCAUAAUUUUUUGUUCAAUACAGAAAUAACAAAAGAAAAAUUUUCUAUUAAUUUAACAAAAAUAAUAAACGAAGUUUCGAGUUAUCGAAGAGAUGGUAAUCAUAUGUUAAGGGAUAUAUUACGUAAUGUAAUCUACAAAAAUAAUAACAACCACUAUGCGUGCAGUACACUGAGACAACAUAAAUUCUUAUCAAAUUUACAAAAAAAAAUAGAAUCUGAUGAAGGGUGGUCAUCUAUUAAUGAUGAUUUGAAUAAUGUGAAAAUGAUUUUAGCCAACCCGGAGAGUAUAAAAAUGCAUUUAUCUGCUGAUUUAGAUGUAUUGUGUGAAAUUCAACCUGAUGCAUCUUCACUAUUGGAACAGCUUAUUCCAUCAAAUGUUAAACGUUCAGUAAAAUUAUUUGAAACUGUUUUUGACUAUGAAUAUAUUUUACCCAAUGAUCAAUGUGUUAUACGAGCUUGUGCUGUUGGUAUGGGUGCUAUUGAGUCCAGUUAUUUUAUACAAGUAACAGAUUGUAUCAAUGACUUUAAUCAUCCAGAUAUGGCUGCUUUAUUAGUCUUUUUACAAUAUUUUACACAGUUAGAAGGGCCAAUGUGGAAAAAUAUCCGUGGACUGGGUCAUGCAUAUUCAUACAGCAUUACUCCAAGACCCAAUGAAGGAUUACUGUUGCUACAUUUUUAUCGUUCAGUAAAUGUACCUGCUGCAUAUAAAGAAACUAAAAAUAUAAUGGAGACUCAUUUAAUCGAUGGUGCAGUUUGGGACACAACCCUAUUUGAAUCUGCAAAAUGUUCUGUAAUCUUUGAGAUUGCUGAAAGAGAAAAGUCAAUAGGUGACUUAGUAACACAAUCUGUAUUGUUUCAUUUUAGAAAUUUGUCGCCUGAUUAUAAUCGAAAUCUUAUUAAGAAGAUAUCUGAAGUAACACUCAAGGAACUGCCACAAAUUGGGAAAAAGUAUGUUAUGUCAUUGUUUGAUCCAAAAUGUAUAAGAACAGCAAUGGUCUGCCCACCAUCUAAAUUAGAUGAUGUAGCUAAUGAAUUCAAAAAAAUGGAUAUUGACAUGACCAUAUACAAAUCAUUGGACGACAGUAUUCUCAAUGAUGCUGCUUAG